AUUUAUUUUCUGCGUGAAAUGGAACCACUAUUUUGUUUGAGAAAAUUUACCUAUGGCUGGCUGUCAUUCAUGGUUUAUUUUCGUCAUUUGUGAAGUGUAUUCAUUUCUUUAUUGUUGGGGACUUACAAAAUUCCUUGUAUCCUUGAACUUAUUACAAAAAAUUGCUAAAAGAAGCGAUUUCAACGAAUAAUUAAUUACAACUGAUAAAAAAGUGCAAUCUUGAAAAUCCUUUGUACGAAUUCAAAGUUGAUUGUGUUGUUAUUUUUCACUAUAUUAUUCUGGGACAAAGUCAAGAAUGUCUAGAUAGUAAAUGGCUUCUGCGUAUUGUGAUUAGGCGUAGAAACGUGUUGUUUUUUUGAUAUUGCUGAAUGAAUAUGGCACAUUUCGGCAAACGCGAUGUUACGUACAGCGCUCUGGACAACGAAUUAACUCCGCCACUGGCGGGACUGGGUGACACCACGAAUGCUCCCCCUACGUUCAUCACCCUGGACCACGAGCACGAGGAUGCCAACAACGUGAUCAUCCACAAAGUGCCCAAGAACAAAGGAGGAUGGACUCAUAUAGAGGAUUUAGACUCCUUUUUUACAAGAAUGUACAGAUAUUAUGUCCGCGGGGGAUUUUACCCGAUGAUUAUGUCUGAUUUAUUUUAUUUGCUGCAAUUUAUUUUCAUAGUGUGGUUUUCCACAUUUUUGGUCUACUGUGUAGAUUAUGCAAAAUUGUUUAGAAAUGAUCCAGAUGCCAACAGGAGUGAGAAACUUAGUUUAAAUGAUGUAAUAUAUCCUCCAUCAGUGUGUGUGAACAGCGUAGCCUGGAAGUGGUGGUGUCUAAUUACGCUGUGUGCUGUCAUUUGGCUGAUGAGGCUGUUUAUAUCAAUAUACCAUUUAUAUUAUGCCUAUGACACCAAAUUAUUUUAUAAUAAUGCGUUAAAAAUUAAAGAGAGUGAUUUAGUUUGGAUUAACUGGUCCACAAUACAAGACAGAGUGCGAGAGGCACAGCCCGAACAUCAUAUGUGCGUCCAUAAGCAAGAGAUCAACGAAUUAGAUAUAUACCAUCGUAUACUCAGAUUUACAAAUUAUAUGGUGGCCAUGGUGAAUAAAAACCUGCUUCCUCUGCAAAUACACGUGCCUUGCAUAGGUGACUUUCACUACUUAUCCAGAGGAUUGCAAUGGAACAUAGAAUUUUUGUUAUUUUAUAGUCCUUGGAGUCCUUGGGAGAACUGUUGGCAGCUGCGAGCAUGUUACAAGGAUCAUUCGAAGCGGAUGCUCUUAGCUCGGCAGCUUGAGAGGCAGAUCCUUUGGCUGGCGGUAGUCAACCUGCUUCUAGCGCCUCUUAUACAAGCCUGGCAGAUACUGUAUUUCUUCUUUAACUAUGCUGAGUUAAUAAAGCGGUCGCCGGCGUCCCUAGGGCUGCGUACAUGGUCUUUGUACGCGAGGAUCACGUUGCGUCACUUCAACGAGCUAGAGCACGAACUUCGGGACCGACUGAACAGAGCUCACAAGCCGGCCACCAAGUACCUCGGAAGUUUCUCCUCGCCAAUCACUACUGUUAUUGCUAAGAACGUGGUAUUUCUAUCGGCGAGCGUGCUUGGCGUGCUGGUCGUGUUAUCCGUGUACGACGAAGAUGUAUUAACUGUUGAGCAUGUGCUGAGCAUCAUCACAAUACUGGGCUGUAUUCUAGCUGGUGCCAGGGCCCUAAUAGGUGACGAGGAGCGGUUAGGUGGUGGGUGCACGGGCCCCGCGCGUGGUGAGGAGUUGUUCGUCCAAGUGUUGGGCCACGUGCACUACCUGCCUGCGGCCUGGCGGGGCCGGGCCCAUACCAAGGAUGUGGCGGCCCAUUUCCAACAGCUGUUCCAGUUUAGAGCCGUGUACAUCUUAUUCGAGCUGCUAAGUCCGCUCCUGUGCCCGCUCAUACUAUUCUCGCUGCGAUCCCGAGCCCUGGAUAUCGUGGACUUCUACAGGAAUUUCACCGUCAGCGUGUUGGGGAUCGGCGAUGUUUGCUCCUUUGCUCAGCUCGACAUUCGUAGACACGGUCACCCAGAUUGGCAUACACCCGGCAAGUUGAAAGGUGGUAAUGGCAACACUCAAUACGACCAAGGCGAGGGUGGCAAGACCGAGUUGUCUCUGGUCGCGUUCUCGUGUCGCCACCCGGGAUGGCAACCCACUGAGCCUUCGCAGCGGCAGUUCCUACGGUCACUGCGCCAAAGCAUGCAUCAUGCUAUACCGGCUAACAAUCAUCUUAAUAAGACGAUGUUGGGCUCGUACAUACAGCAGAGCCUGUUUGGUGCUAUAACGCCUUUACCAGCCGUUCUCUCGUACUACCCGCAGCAGAAACAGCAAUACAGAUUACCAGACAUGGACGAAACGAGCGACGAAGAUGAAGACCCCGCAGCGGGUCCCGCACAUCCUCCCGGGGUGACCAGCCCCACUGGGUCAUUGGGGCUAGCGGGGGUCAGUUCUGUGUUGGGAGCUAGUGCCAUGAGUAUGGAAGCACCCAGACAGCCUGGAGAUGACACACAAGAUAUGUCUGUUAGCACUCUACAUUUGUAUGAUCUGCAUUUGACACAGGCAGGUCAAAACGUAUCCUGCUGCACGAACAAAUGUAGCGAACGCCGCCCCACCCGGUGGGGUAGCACUGAAGGUGAAGAGACCCCGCUUCUCCAUCGACCAUAACACCGGCCGCCGGCCCCGAUUGGAACCCAUCCCGUCUGGGUAUGACAAACAAUGUACUGUUUUAUAUGCACUUACGAUCUUUUUCUUAUGAAAAUUAAGCGCUUUCUUAUCCACCCCGUCUGGGUUUGACAAACUAUAUACUGUUUUAUAUGCACUUAUGAAAAAUACGCGCUUUCAUACCCGCCCCAUCUGGGUAUGACAAACAAUGUACUGUUUUAUAUGCACUUACGACCUUUUACUUAUGAAAUUUAAGCGCUUUCUUACCCACCCCGUCUGGGUUUGACAAACUGUAUACUGUUUUAUGUGCAGUUACAGCUUUUUUCUUAUGAAAUGUAACCGCUUUUGUAAAGGUAAUACUUUUUUAUAAAGUGGUUUGUCUUAUAUGCGCUUGCGACUCUGUUUUGUGCAAUCUAGGUCGUAUCUUCAUGUUGUGUGGUUCAAAUAAGUCGUUUUAGUUAGUUGCGGGUUUUUGUUGAGAUAUCGUCCACGUAGAGCCGAAGUCCGAAAAAAGAUGAAUGUCACCUUGAUGACAUUGUGAUUGUGAUGUUGAUGACAUUGAUAAAUCAUUUUCGUUUUUUUUCGGACUUAGUGACUUUUCGCUCGCGCUUACGACCUUUUAAAGCCGAACUUAUGACAUACGACCCUUUUAACGACGACUUUUAACUCUAGAAGUGUGUUUAUGGUAUACGGUCGAUAUAAGUCCUUCAUAUAAAAUAUCGUGUUUACGCUGCAUUAUGUUGGGAUACGAUUUUUUAAUUUCGUGUAUCCAUCUUGUAGCAUGUCUAUACAUUGUUUUAAGUGGAGAAAAUCCUUUUUUAUUAUGGAUAUUUUUUGUGUGUUCUUCAUAAGUCCAUUUUGCAUGAACAACGUAUGGACUCUUAUGUAAAGAUACGAUGUUUGACUUUUGGCGUUUACUCUUUUCAGCCAUGAAGUGUACUCUAUAAUUAACUAUAUACCAUGCACAUUUCUGAGCAUACGACCCUUUACUUCUAGUGUUAGAAUGACUUAUGUAGGCUGUUCAAGUGAAGAUACGCCCUUAGAAUUCGAUGGGGUAUUUGCUUUUACAAGAUUGUAAAUGUAUAUAAAACGGUAUGUCAUUUAGAAACGUGGGAGAAUUUCCAGUCAAGUUCAUAAGCAAAGGAAUUAUCGACCAUUGGACAUAUUAUUUGCUACUUUUCACUAACAUCUACAUAGAUGAAGUUUCUGAACUUGUCUAGAUAAUCUCCCAUGUUUUUAAAUUCAUACAAAAUAUAAUAAUUUCGAACUUUCUGAACGCGAGUCGUAUUCAGACUAUGCUCAAUUCACUGACGAUUUUAUAUUGUUUUUAUUAAUUUUAAGUAAAGUGGCCCGAAAUCGUUCUUUAGCUAAUUAACACGAAUUUGAAAUGAAGCAAUAAAACCCGUGAGAGAUGUUAAUGUUACCAGUUAGAAAAUAAGUAUGUUGUAAGUACCCCAAUUGUAAAGUAUUGUACACUCUGGCUAAGGCACGAAGCAUCGUUGGAUUCUGAACUUUAUUUCCACUACAUAAACUUCAAAAUUACUCAAAAAAUGAUACAAAAAAAUCUCGUUCCAAAGUUGCAAAUUAAUGUGCACCUUAAACAGUGGCGAUAAAGUUCAGUAUGCAAUGAAUGACUUGAGUAGUCUUUAGCCUAAAAUUGCAAAUGAAAUCACCAUUUUGGCCCACCAUACUCAAAAUUUUAUGUCAGUGUCAAGGGUUGGGAAAGGGGCUAAUGUUACAUGACGUCUGUUUAUAUUGUAUUUCACACUUUAUAAAUAAUUCUAGAAUCUUAAAACGCACAUUGAUAGGUCUUUACGAGACAAGUUUUUAAUGUACAUUUAAGGGUAGGACGUAACUUACUCAGGUGGACUAGUAAGGCCCUUGCAAUGACUAGAGUGUUCAAUUUGCAAUAUUUUUUAUUCCGAGCAAUUUUGUAUGAAAACUUAGCGAACCAGUAUCCCUAGGCCUCAGGUUUCCUUUCAUUUACUCUUAGAUUUUAAUACUUGAUAUUUAAUUUAUGAUGUCCACGUCCAAAUUUUAUGAUAGUGACUUUGAAUUACUAUGUAAUGAAAACGUGAUGUGAGAACGAUUUUUAUCUAUUACCCAAGUGUGCAGAAGAGUAUAGGCACGUACACUACGCGUGCCUCAUAAAACUUCGCUAAAUGCUUUAUCAAACACUUAGAUUUAGAAUGUAUUCAUUAAAACUUUAAACAAAAAAGCAAUAUUACAUUAUGACAUUAAGAAAUUCUUAGGAUAGCAAGACGAGUUUCCAUUUUUCAUAUAGCAAGCCAAAUGACAAUUUAAUAUAAAAACAACUACAUAACAUACAUAUAAAGAAAUAUUGCCUUUUAAUCCAUUGACAUAAUAAUAGUAAUCAGGAAUUAAUCGUUCCUUUCGCCUUUGCAAAUAUAUUUCAUGUGCCUGAGAAAAAAAGAGAAAACAACAAAUAUAGUGAGAUUUUCGAAGCUUCAGUAAUUUCAAAGUUUUUUAAAUUGAUAGUUCGUAUAAAAAAAAUGCUUAUUUUCAAAGUUCUGUGUUACAAGCUGACAUACACAUUUACACAAAUAAAAAACUAGACCCGAGAUUUAGAAAUUCAUCACCGAAUCAAUCGUAUGUAUGGUUAAGGUGAUUGCUUCGACUGGUAGCUUUUAAUGCGCAUAUCAGAUUAUAUUUGAAUUGUAAGCACUUUCGGAGAUAAACAAGCAUAUCAAAAAUUACUUCCAAGUAUAUUAUAACUGCGAAUGAUAAGAUCACGCCUCAUAUUGAAUGUUAACUUAAGUAAACAUCGAGUUCGGGUCCAGCGACUCGCGCAUGUACCAAAGCAAGAUACCCACUCUUUGCUGCUUUACUAGACACCACUAGAUGCUCUUGUCACUUGCGCAUGUUAACUUGCUCCAGCUACAUGCACCGUGUAAAAGCACCCUAUCACUGAAAAAAAAAUCGAAUCGGUCAAGUUGCUCCUGAAAUUAGUGAGUUCAAGAAAACAAACAAACCCUUCAGUCAGAAGAGUUAUUAUUAUAUUAGUACAGAUGUCCCGCUACCAGUUGAAGCAUUGACCUUAACAUUGAAUAAAGAAUAAAUAAUGAAAGUUGCAACAAUUGGGUAGGUGACAACAAAUUCUAUAUCGUGACAAAUUAUUCAUAUUUCUAAGGAACAUUUCAUUUUAAACAUUUUGACGUACCUAAUUGGUUAAACUAUUCACAUAUACAUGCAUACAUAUAGUGACAUAUACAUUUUUAUAUGAAUUUAGAUAUCAUAAUAUAACAACAGUACCUUUACAUUUUGAUAAUACAUACAGCAUGCAAAUUCUUUUAUUUAUAUAUGUAGUUACAUAUUCGCUAGAUACAUAGAUAUUACAUUUUAUACAUACAUUUUUCACGUGAAAUUCGACAUUGUUUACAUUAAUAUUACAUUAUUAUAAUUAGUCAUACGCAAUAUCAGCUAAAUUGUGGACUAAAAAACGGUUUAUUCAAAGUAAUUUUGCGAUUUUAUAUUCGACAUAUUCAAGAACAAAUAAUAUAAUAACUGAUAAAAAUUGCAAUGUUCAUACACAAUCAAAACAGAAUUUUUAAUUCUGUACAAUUCUUCAUUACACUUAUAAAAACAGAUUUACGAUUCAUAAAUGUGCCUGUUCUACGAUUCAGUAAAAUAGAAAGAGAUACACACGUGCACUUAAUAUAUAAGUCAUUAUUGUAUAUAAAUAAAAUUACAAUAGGAAUUAUAUCAGAAUAGUGAGCAAGUUUUAAACAAGUUUUAUGAUCAGGUAGUUUUCAUGCCUUAAUAUUAAUAUUUACUACAUAUAUUUAAUAGUUUUUCAAGGGAAGUCCCUCCAGUAAUCAGUGAAAACAUAUAAACCCGAGCCCGUAUACAAGCUGUUGAUUUGCAUCCGUGCCAUAGUCAAGGAGGUAAUUAUGCUAAUGAUUCUCGACCCAAAUCAAUAAAAAAAUUGGUACGUAAUUUUUUUUCUUUAAUUUUUUUUCGGUAUUCCGUAAAUGUCAUCUAGCCUUAUUUAAACUUGGCGGGUAUGUUACUGGCGUUAAAAUCGUGCUGCACCCUCACACAAACGCAAACACAAAGCAUACGCAACGAUCACUCAUAAAUUUCAUUCAUAAAAUGGGAUUACUUCGGAAAUACCACGACAUUACAAUGACAAAAAAAGCAGUGCAUAUUAGUUAUUUCCCAUCUAUUGUAAUUCCAAUCGAUUAUUUAUCUAUUGUAUGUCCUCCUCCUGAACUAUGGCACAAAUGCAAAUCAACACCUUGUAUACAUAUUACACCUUGUUCUAAAGGUAUUUAGGCUUAAUAUGGAAUGGCAAAAAACACCAAUUCAUAUGGUUAUAAUAUGCCUCACAAUAUAUGUAUGAAGUUCCUAAGGUGCGCCAACAUAGACAAAAACUUUUCUAUAAAGCCUAGAGGAUAAAAUUGGUUAAAAGAAAAUACUUUACUACACUUUUAUUUUCUUUUAUUACCGAUUUUAAAGACAGUUUUUGACAAUUGUUUGUGAUAAAGCGCAUGUUAUUAACUAACAUCCAGUGGUCUUUGCCUAAAGAAAACAUACAAACUUGGGUUUAUAUAUUUAUCUUUACAAGUAAUAGCUUGAAUAGAAACAUGCUAGAAGUAGUUUUGCGUAGAAUAGACAUACAUACAUUUAUAUAUAUUUACAUACCUCAUUACUAUAUACUCGCGCCAGUUCGAGUGUUCACGAUUUUUGAACUUUUAUAUCAUCUAUCAACCUGUAUAUAUUAUUACAUUACGAAAUAUGUAAUAAUAUUUAUAAAAAAACACACACAAAGUGAAAUUAUAUGUAUUUUACAAUUUAAAGUAUAGCUAGUUACAUUAUAAUAUUGAUAUAUUGACUCAUACACCAAUUGAAUGCCUUCACAGGAAUUUUUUAUCUGUUGUAAUUGACACGUCUAAAAAAAUAGUACAAUAUUUGUCUAUGCUAAAAAAAACUAAAAUAAAUAAUUAUAAAAUACUGUGAAUGUAACUGUUAUUGUUUCAUAUGUAUUUAAUAUGUAAGUUUAUUUAUAUUCUUGCGGUAAACUUUAUAUUACGAAAUAAAAUAAUUGGUCAUUUCGCGCACAUUUGAAUUUCAGGGUAGUAGACACAUUAAUUCAUAAAGUUUACAUUAUACAUUAACACCCUAAUUAUUUCAUGUUGUUUGUUAAUCAUAAAUUAGUAUCUAAUUAUCUUAUAUUUAUUUAUAUAUACCACGAAAUAUAUAGUGUAGAAGUACAAAGUAAGAUAUUGUUUAAAAUUGACGCCUGUAUGUCGAACGGCCGCCAUUUUUCCUAGCAUUCAAUAGUAUACUGUUGUAUAUUCAAUUUGUCACAGUGAACAACAAAAAUUAUAAAAAAUAGUGCGAUUUAAAACCAAAAGAGAACAAUUUCGAUACAAAUUCGGUUUCAAUACGCACUAUUCACAAAAUGUAUGUCUUUAUACAUUUAAAUAUGCUUCCAAAACAUGUAACACAUAUAUGCCUUAGAUCUGUAGUGAGAUUCACAUAUACCAGUGUUUAAAUAGUAUCCAUAUUAUAAUACAUAUUUGCAUAAAUAUAUUAGAUACAUAUUCAUCUAUAUUGAUACGCGUAUAUACAUCGAGCACCGUUACUAUUUAAAGUUAUGCAUUUAAUACACACCUAUAUGCACUUUACAUGUUAAUCGCUAGUACUAUUCUGUGAUAGGUAUGUUAAGAUACAUUUUUGUAUAUCGGCAACCCGUUGGAAAUAAAGUUACGAGGGUCAAACUGAAAGUUCUUAGAAAAUCAGAAACUGGUUACAUUAGCCAGUUAUUCGUUUUAUUAUAUGUUUUAUUGUAGUGUUAGUACGUCGAACACAGCAUUUGAGUCACCUCCGUUAAAUCUUUUAAUCAUUUUACGGCACCAAUCCACACUAUGGAGUUUUUGAGCCUCAGUCAAAUUAUGAGGUAUCCACCAGGGGCAAAGCUUCCUGACCGCUUAAUGUUCGUGGAGGAUUUUGUGCACUUGACUCAUAACGAUGCCUAAGCUUGUCCGAAUCUGCUGAUAGGUCACUCUUCUAUCAGUCUCUAUCAUACGCCGCAGAACACAGAUGUUAUCUUCAGUCGUCGCCGUAGAAGGCCGUCCCUCAGGUAAAUCAUCAGUGAGAUUAGUGCGACCACGUUUAAACUCAUUAAACCAGUUGUAAACAGUCGCACGAGAUGGGGCUUCAUCGUGAAAGGCCAAUCGUAGUCUAUCAUAACUUUCUUGUUGACUUAAAUGACAUCGAAAGUCAUAAAAAAUCAUUGCACGAAAAUUUUCUCGUGUUAAAUUCAUGUUGACGUGACACAGACAAUUUUCAAUUUGCCGCCAAAUCGUAAAACAAAUGACAAAUGAAUUAAAUAUAUACUCAAUAAUAUUGGUAAAGAGUUGUAUUUUCGAAUUUUAGAAUUAUUUUUUUAUUAUAUUGUUUAUAAGUGGCCAGUUCUAAAAACUUUCAGUGUGACCCUCGUAUUUGUUACUAAGGAUCCUUUGCUGAGGCCUGGACAAAUCCGAUAUAUAUCAAAAUAAAUAUUAUAACGAGCCUCCCGGCAGUGGUUUUCCCCACUCUCUGAGGGAACAACCUCCUGCACCGGGAUAAUUUAUAAUCCGUUCGGCCAUUUUAAUGUGAACAUGUAACAAAUACACACAAUCACACACUUUCGCCUUUAUAAUAUUAGUGUGGUAUGCCGUCACGAGUCGUUUAUUGUAUCUAUGACCUUCUAACGGGUUGUCAAUACACUACAAAUAACUGAGUACACUUACAUAAUAUGCAUAUUGUUAUCAGUAACGAUUAACACGGCACACAGGUGGCUUAAAUCUCCGACACUUUCCAUUCUGCCAUCUCGCCAAGCCUUAGGAUACUAAACAAAGGUCAAAGUUAAACCUUCCAUUUUUAACUUUUUACGCGUUACAUUAAUCUCCCUGAUAGCUGUAGUUUUAUAAAGUUAUUAAACUUUUAUACUGAGCUAAAGAUUGUUUAAAAAUAUGUUUGUAUGGCAAUUUUACUCGUUAAAUUGUAGCUGUGUAACUUCGGGUUUCAACAGCUUAUCCAUCUUUUGCUUUUCGAUUGGAUAUUGAAUUAAUAUUAAUUAUGUGAAAUUUCUAUCUCUUGUCGAAAACGGUAGAUGGGUCGGUUAUUGAAACCCGCAUUAAUUAAAUAAGUCUUCAGCUUAUAGUCGAUCGUGAUAACAUUGUAAAUAUUAAAUUAAGUGUAUGUUUUCCGAUGAUUGCAGUGUCACAUUCGAAUUUGCGAAAAGGUAAAUUAUCUUACCGUAAUAAGGUUUAAAAAGUAGUGUUUUAAACCUAAAUAGUGUUAUUACAAAAAACUUAAUCAUCCAGAUGUUUAAGAUUUUUUUUUCCUCGAAUGUAUCUUUCACUUGAACUUUUUUGUAAUAACACUUAGGACCAAUACCACCGUUAACAUAACCGACAGUUUUCAUACAACCACGGUUUAUUAUGAAUUUUCAUGUUCGAGUUUUAAAGUAAACAAUGGUUUUAAUAAAAACUGCCGCUUGCGUUCUCAUUAAACUUGGGCCUAAAAGAUUUUUCAAAAGUUCGAAAGUGAUACUGUUAAUGACAUCAUGAUCACGGCCAACAAAUGUGUAAUCACUUUGGAUUUGAUUUUCGACCGAUUUCACUAAAUUGCGGAUGUCCGAAGAUACCACAAUAGCCUUCGAAAAUGACAUUAUACAGAUUUGGAAUUCAUUAUUAAUGACUAUAUCACUGUCUUGUGAUUUCUUGUGAAUAUAACUGACAUUUAGUUCCCAACAAUAUAAGAUGAUUCUUGAUUGAAAAUAAAAUAUUCUCCAAUGAAAGGUUUACAUUUUUGAGGCCUUGCUCUACAUAUUUUUUUAAUUGGACUGUAUAAUUUUUAUAAGAAUCUUAGUUUAUUUUCUGAUAUUGUAAAAGCUGUAUAAAAUAGAAUUGCUGUCUAAGAAAUGUAGCUGUAUAAUAUUUUCAUACAAAUUGCUUAUUUUCCUAAAAACGAUUACUUUUAAUUAAUAACAUUUUGUGACUACGGGACAGAAUAAUUUAGGUACUUUUUUAUUGUAAAUAAUUAUCGACAUUGUAUCAUAUUAAAAAGUAAAGCUGAUUAUAAAAAAAAUAUGUAUAAAUGAAUGAUUGUAACUCGCCGAUUUAAUGCAUGCAAGUCAUACUUUUUGGCGGUUGUAAAAUUUAUAAGGAAACUCGAUCAAAAAAAAAACUAAAAAAAAAAACAUUUUGUAUUUUUUCUGGGAAUUGUACUAAGAUUACUGUAACUUACGUAGGGUGGGUUGCACAGUGUUCCUAACCAUUGGUUGGUUUGACCAAUUGGCGGCAAUUUGACGGCUGGUUAUCGUUCAAACUACAUGGUGCAACUCACCCUUAGUUCAUUGAAUAAGUUGGGUGCACUUCACAAAUUAUUUAUAUGUGUUUUAGGAGCGAACCAGUGGUACUGUCUCAUAGAGUGACUGCGUAGCGCUUGCUUGAUACGUAUGAAGGUACAUAUAUGAAGGAAAUAUAUUCCCGGGUUCAUGGAAGCAGCACUCAUAUGAAAUAGUCAGGCUGCACACUGUGAUACAUUUAAGUUCAUAGAUUACGACGUCAUUUUUUAUUCGAUUUCACAUAAAAACUUCAUGACUAUCAGUUAAUACUCAUACGCUCAAUUUUGGACGAAUUGUUGCACGUCUACACUUAAUUUUGUGUAUAUAGGCAAGGCACGGCUUUUUGAAAUAUAACCACUCAAGCGUCCAAGCCGCGCGGUGAUUCUCGGCCCACCUGUCCGCGCAUGAAAUGUCAAUUCCUUUUUUGCGACCAAGCGAGACUCUCUCAACAAAAUCGAUUACUACUGAAAAACUACAAUAGCUAGAUUCGAAUAAAAAAUACUCACGGAAAGCUAAAAGAACGUAAAAUUUAAUUUGAUUAAAAGUAAAUUACUUUAAUUAAUAUUAUAGGAUGAUAAUAAAGUAUAAAGUUGAGGAUAUAAAAAAAAAAAAUCGUAAUUUUUUUUAUUCAGAGUUUUAUAAGAAAAAUAUAGUGAUUACUGGUAACAAUGUUUUUUAUUAUAUUAGUACAGGAUAUACUCUUUAAAAUGAUACCAAUAUCUUAAUAUAAAUAAUUAGUUUUCUGUCAUGAAAAAAUAAACAAAGUUAAGUGUUUCUCAAGCGGUCACUGGGCCUCGGGCGACGUAAAAAUGUGACAAGAUGGCCGACCGGCUAAUAGCGUGUUCACACGACGAGGUUGUUUAAUGAAACACGCAUAUUACUGUUCGGUAUGUUUAUUGAGCAAACAUGUUUACUUUUAUAUAAUUUUAUUACAUAUAAUUUUUUAUUAUGUUAAAUAGAAAAAAAGAAAGCGGUUAUUGGUAUUACAGUAAAAUAAAUACACUGUAAAACUGUAAUUUUAGGUAUUUUUCAUUCUUUGAUAAUGAAAAACGAAAACUAAAUAAACAUGCCAUCACCUAUAAGUAGAUACAUAAACAAAGCCAAAAACCACAGAACAUUCCCAAAUUGAUCAUAAAACGCUCCGUGUGAACAAACCAUUAUUUACGUUGUAAGUACAUCAGUCCAAGGGGAGUCGGCUCACCAACACUAAAAUCAUGAAUAACGUCUUAACAUUUUAAUCAUUAUAGACCCCAUCUCAAUGUAUUUCGUUUGUAAAUGGCCAUUAACGUGCUAAUAGUGAACGAUUCUCGUAUAUUUUGCAUUUAUUUAACAAAAAUAACCAAUUAGAAUACACUGUAAACAAUAGAAAAGUAUCAAACGAUGAUCGUGUAGUGAUCGUAUAACUUUUCCAACUAAAUUAUAGUAUGUAAACGUUUUGAAAUUGUCGUAAAAAUACAUAUUUCGCAAAGGAAAUUUCUUCACGUUUAUUUUGAUAUAAAAUAACAAUCUAAAUAAGGUAUAAAACAAGAAACUUACCACAUUUUUGUCAAGAGCUCCACACACAAAAAAGUCACUUGUCAAAAACGACGAACUGUCAGUUCAAUAUAUUUUUUUAUAAAUUUAUUGUUGCCAUUGCACAGAAAAAAUCACAACUCACGGAUGACAAAUUUAAUAACGCGCCAUCUAGUAUCAAUCAACUAUAUUAAUACCACCUGGCUAUAGCGCUGUACACGUUUAAACUGAACGAUGUCGUUCGGAUACUGUAGUCACCAUGAACGCUUAAGGCAAGAAUUUUUUUGGUGACUGUUAUCACCUCGGACGCUUGAGUGGUUAAGACUAAGAUUUACUAAAUUACGGAUUUUGGUCUGCAGCUUAUUUGUAAAUAAAUACAACGACGAUAUUUGAGUGAUGUAUGUGAAAUUGUAAUAUUUUCUAUCCUGUAAUUCUUAAAGGUACGUUUUGAAUUCUUGAAGUCGGCCGCAGCUGCACUACUGGUUUGUAUGCCAACAACACAGUUGCAGCCGACCGUAAGAAUUCAAAAAGUACCUUUAAUAUGACUCAAAAUUAUGUAAUAUGAGUUGCAAUUCAGUGAACUUAGCUUAAAAUAGUACUUGGACAAAUUGUUGUUUAUAUUCUAUUCCUUAGUUUUUGUAUUUUAGGGAUUUUGCGUGGUUUAUGGGAGUGGUAAAUGGGAGAUUUUGGCUUUUAAAAUUGCCAAAAUUUUACUCUCACACUGGAAAGUACGUUUGUCGAUUUUUUUGCCAAAAGUAGUCUCAUUUUCUUUAAGCUUUGCAAAAUCCGAACAGUUGAUUGCUUCAAAAACUGUAAUAUCAUGUGUUCGUAAAACGUAUUGCUUGUCUUAUUUACGUGUAUCUGUUUUACGAAUAAUAUUUAUACGUUUUUGAUGCAAAAAGCUGUUGAAUCCUUCCAUUUUAAAUAAACUGUAUCACUAUUGUACAGCAUAACUCGACCCUGCCUUGCAAGCCUUUUGAAUCUUCGUGUACAAGUAUAAAUUUCUUAGUCGUUAGUCUUGUAAUGUGUUCAAUCUAGUGUAUUGUGCUAAUAUAUCAGUCGCCGAAGGAUAAUAAUGACCUUAUGUAACUACAGGUCCAUAAGGCAACAUGAUAUAAGUACUCUUAAUAUAACCAUAGUCUUUCCAAGAUAGAUGGCGUAUCUAUUCACAUCUAUAUUUUGUAUUCCAAGCGUCAAAGUUAGCCGCAUACAACAAGGCUAAACAAUUCAUCGUUAGUUAAACUAUUAACCAAAUUUGUAAAUAUUUAGUUCAAUUUAUUAACCAUAAGAAUAUUGUGAUAAAUAAUUAUAUAUUUUCGUCAAGUCUCGUAACAUGUCUAGAUAGUUAUAAAUAAUCUGUACGUUAAUAUUAAUUAUUUGUAACAUGAAUGAAUGAUAUAUGAAUAUUUCAGUACCAAUGUUCGCUAUUUUCAUUAUGCGCAUUGUAAAUAAAAAUAUAAAAUUAUA